UAAUCCGUGUGGCAGAAUCCGUUUUCCUCCCAAAUCCCACCGUCUCUGUCUGUUAAUUAAAAACACCGGACAAAUCCUCAUUGAAUACGUCGCCGUUUUAAUCCACUGUCAGGCCGCUUCCCGAUCCCGGCAAUUCAACUCAACUGAACUCAACAGCGCCCCUCUUCAGCCAAUACACAGAGAGCUGUAUCAAAUAAUUGAGACUGAAGUAGGAUGAUCUGACGGUAGGGACGAUGAGGAGGAGGAAUGGAGUGAGUUGGUAAGUGCGAGUGAGAUCGAUCGAGUUGUUGUGGCUGAAAAUCGAUGGCGUCAAAAGUGAUAUACGAAGGAUGGAUGGUGAGGUACGGGAGAAGGAAGAUCGGGAGAUCGUUCAUUCACAUGCGCUACUUUGUGCUCGAAUCCAGACUCCUCGCGUACUACAAGAGGAAGCCUCAGGACAACCAGCUUCCUAUCAAGACCAUGCUCAUCGACGGCAAUUGUCGCGUCGAGGAUCGCGGCUUGAAGACUCAUCACGGCCAUAUGGUCUAUGUUCUCUCUGUUUAUCACAAGAAAGAAAAGUAUCAUAGAAUUACAAUGGCCGCUUUUAACAUCCAGGAAGCACUGUUAUGGAAGGAGAAAAUUGAGUUUGUCAUUGAUCAGCAUCAGGAGUCUCAAGUUGUAAAUGGUAACAAGUAUAUCUCUUUUGAAUACAAAUCUGGAAUGGAUAAUGGCAGGACUGCUUCCUCGUCAGAGCAUGAGAGUCAGUUCAGUGCCCAAGAGGAUGAAGAUGAUUCUAAUCCAAAUUUGUUACGGAGAACUACCAUUGGGAAUGGUCCUCCUGAUUCGGUUUUAGACUGGACACGAGAAGUUGAUUCAGAAUUGUCAAGUCAGAAUGCCAACAAUCAAGCAUUUUCUAGAAAGCAUUGGCGUCUCCUACAGUGCCAAAAUGGACUCCGCAUUUUUGAAGAGCUUGUCGAAGUUGAUUACCUUCCAAGGAGCUGUAGCAGAGCGAUGAAGGCUGUGGGGGUUGUUGAGGCUACAUGUGAAGAAAUAUUUGAACUUGUUAUGAGCAUGGAUGGAACACGGUUUGAGUGGGAUUGCAGUUUUCAGUAUGGAAGUUUAGUUGAAGAGGUAGAUGGCCAUACAGCAAUACUCUAUCAUAGACUUCAGCUAGACUGGUUUCCAACGUUCGUAUGGCCCCGUGACCUUUGCUAUGUUAGAUAUUGGCGGCGAAAUGAUGAUGGCAGUUAUGUUGUGUUAUUUCGUUCCAGAGAGCAUGAGAAUUGUGGUCCACAACCUGGUUGUGUGCGUGCACAUGUUGAGAGUGGCGGAUACAACAUUUCUCCGUUAAAACCUCGGAAUGGGAGACCUAGAACGCAGGUACAACAUCUUAUGCAGAUUGAUCUGAAAGGAUGGGGUGUAGGUUAUGUUUCAUCGUUUCAACAACAUUGUCUUCUUCAGAUGUUAAAUAGUGUUGCUGGACUGCGUGAAUGGUUUUCCCAAACUGAUGAAAGGGGUGCUCCUCCUAGAAUCCCAGUUAUGGUCAAUAUGGCCUCCGCUUCUGUUUCUUCAAGGAAAAAUUCUAAGCUGCAAGAAUCUUCUGUUCAUCAAAUAAGUGCUGCUAGUAGAAACUCCACCGUCAUGGAUGAAUACUCAGACGAGGAUGAAGAGUAUCAAAUAGCUGAGGAAGAACAAGAGGCGUAUCAAUCUAAUAAUGCAAAUGAGAAUGAUGCGAAGAGAACAGCCUUGGAAGAAGAGCAAGUUGAACCAAUUGACUUGUCUUGUUUCUCGGGAAAUUUGCGUCGUGAUGACCGUGAUAAGAGCCGUGACUGCUGGCGAAUUUCUGAUGGUAACAACUUCAGAGUUCGUAGCAAGCGUUUUUGCUAUGACAAAUCAAAGAUCCCUGCUGGAAAACAUUUGAUGGAUCUAGUUGCCGUUGAUUGGUUCAAAGACACAAAAAGAAUGGACCAUGUAGCUAGGCGUCAAGGUUGUGCAGCACAAGUGGCUUCGGAGAAAGGCCUUUUCUCUGUGGUUUUUAAUCUGCAAGUACCUGCCUCAACACAUUACAGUAUGGUUUUUUAUUUUGUAACAAAGGAAUUAGUGCCGGGGUCCCUCUUGCAACGAUUUGUUGACGGUGAUGAUGAAUUCCGCAAUAGCAGGUUUAAGCUUAUUCCGUCAGUUCCAAAGGGGUCGUGGAUUGUGCGGCAGAGUGUUGGAAGCACUCCUUGUUUACUGGGAAAAGCAGUUGAUUGUACUUAUAUCCGCGGUCCCAAGUACUUAGAAGUUGAUGUUGAUAUUGGCUCUUCAACUGUUGCUAAUGGAGUUCUGGGGCUUGUUAUUGGUGUAAUUACAUCUUUGGUAGUUGACAUGUCUUUCCUUGUACAGGCAAAUACUGUAGAAGAAUUACCAGAGCGAUUGAUUGGUGCAGUUCGCGUUUCUCACAUAGAGCUGUCAUCAGCCAUAGUUCCGAAACUGGAUAUAGAUCCGUCGUGAUGAACAAAAAACCUUUGAUCUCAAUUGUUUUUACGCAAAAAUCAUUUGUUUACUUAUGAUCCCAUUGCUUGUAGUAUCAUUUAGUAGACUGAUUCCGAGAUAGAAUUUUGCUUAAAAAUUGUGGUGGUUUCUGCAUUUUGGGAUCCAAGUGUUACUUGUGGUAUUGGAAUAUGGUAAGAGGUUCUACAGGAAAGCAAAGAACACAGGAGAGAAAAAGAACAGUGGAAGCAUCAGGACUUGAGUAUCAAUUUCCUCACUAAAUUUGCACGCAAUAGACAAUUAAGAUCAAAUAUUUUUUUUAUUUAUUAGUUUCAUGAACUUGUAAAUUUUUUUAUCAAUUAGAAAUGUAUUAAUUUUAAAGCAAUUAAAUUUAAUUGAUUAGAAAUUUAAAUUAA